GUCACGGAAGUGAACCCAGUUUUAUAUGCAUGGGCUGAAAAUCAACACAUUUUUGAAGGACUUAAAAAAAAAAAAGAAAAGCUGAACAAACAAGUAGUGGUAGUAUUUCAAUUUCGUCUUAAAUCAAGCGAUUCAUGUUUUGUACCACUAUUCAAGAACAAUGGAACAAAGCUGUUCUGCUUUUAACAUUUAUUGUAAUUGAGUGUUAUAUAAUCUUCCCAACUGGUUGACUGUUCAAAUAGACAAUUGGAAAAUUGAAAUGAAUGAGCCUGUAAUGAGUGCUUGUAAGCAUUUGACUAUAGGAGAUUCAACCUACAGGAGGAAGUGGAUGCAUACUCCACUCUGUAUAAUUUUAUUGCCACUUCAUAAUUUAUGCAGGAGUUGGAAUAUUUUACUGCUUCUGAGAGAAAACGAGGUUGUUUUGACAGUAUGAGGCGUCUCUUUGGUGCAAAGGCAAUGCUGUAAUUUCAAGUCCAAGCGAUAGAUGGCAAUAGAUUUAUAACUGCUGUUACAAAUACCAGACUCGGAAAAGCAGACGAAGUGGAGAGCAAUGAAAGGUUAUUCCUUAGUGACAGGUUGGAGCUCCGGCAUGCGAAGCCUGGUGCUGCAGGUACUCGCUAUGAGGCAGUUCGGACGGUUGAACCCUCGCCAUCUGCUAGCAGCUGGUUAUGGACCUAGGAGGACCGAGUGGUGCCCCAGAACCAUUCAUACUCGGCAGCUGUGGGGCUGCUCGACUUUCUCUGCACUUGGUGGUCACCGCCCUGCCCUCAAGACCUGGUCUUUGUACCAUCUGCGAUUUAAAAGCAAGAAGAAAGCUCCUUCACGUGCAGCCCAGGAAGAGGAAGAUGAUUCAGAGGAUGAAAAUGACCCUGAGGAGAGUGAUUAUGAAGAUGAAGAUCCUAAUUUACCUAAAGACUAUAAAGAUAUGGAGAAAUAUGUACCGUCUUUCCGCUAUGACGUCGUGUUAAAGGCUGGUUUGGAUUUAGCACGCAACAAAAUCGAGGAUGCGUUCUACAGCAACAAGCUCCGACUAAAUGGACAGAAACUAAUCAAGAAAAGUAAAACGGUUAAAGUUGGGGACACCUUGGACCUUGUGCUGUCAGAGAACAGCGAAGCUAACACCGUCACUCUGAUGAGAGUCAUCCUCAGGAAGGUUUUAGGUGAAUCUAAUGAUGGAGAUAAAUACAAAGUUUCCAUAAGGAGGUGGAAAGGCCUUGAACUUGCCAAGGAUGUAGCCUUUAAACCAUGAACUUGUAAUGAAUGUGAAACAAAAGCGAUAAAAGUGCUCACAUGAGUGGGAUUUUAAAUUCUCCUCAAGGUACUUGAUCUCCAGUGAUCAGUGUAUUUGUUAGAAAUAGAUAAGGUGUGAAAGAAAAGUUUUAUUUACUCCCCUUCCCCUUAUGUCAUUUGCCAAUAAAGGUGCAUUUUAAAGGUG